GAUACAAGUAGGAGAGCCACGCUGACAAGGACCGACUCAUCUCUCUCUGGAGACUUGAAGAAAGACAAACUUUGCUUUUUUUAAAGGGUUUUGCUGGAUUUGAAGAGCCACCAGACUCCAGGAUGAAGUACUAUGAAUGCCCGGUGUCCCACACCAUGGGAAUCAAACCGUUCCGCCAGAGCUGUCUGGUUCCAGUCACCUGCAAGGCUGCAGCCUCCAUGAAACCAGUCCGGAGCGUCCGCUUCCCUAACGACAUCGUUUUCCAGGACUAUGUGCGGCACGGAGAGCUGGAGAGGAUUGGACGCUUCAUCCGAGCCAAAAGGGUCAAACUUGACACCGUUUACCCCUCUGGGAUGGCAGCCAUCCACGAAGCUGUGCUGUCUGGAAACCUGGAGUGUGUGAAGCUGCUGAUCCACUACGGAGCAGACCUCCACCAGAGGGACGAGGAGGGGUGGACCCCCCUGCACAUGGCCUGCAGCGACGGCUUCCCACACAUUGCAACCUACCUCCUCUCGCUGGGUGCCGACCCAGAGCUGGAGAACGACUGCGGGGAGAAGCCGGCCGACCUCAUAGACCCGGACAGCAAGGAGCUGCUGGAGCUGUUCGGGCUGGCCGUGGAUGACUGAGAGCAGCUGGCCUGUGUCGAGUCGCACUAGUCUCAGAGACUGCUGCAGUCGCCCUGCAGCCCUGCAGCCGUGCAGCCCUGCAGCCGUGCAGCCGUGGGCAGGGGAGGCCUCGUCUGGCGCCCAGCGGGAUUGUUGUGAGCUGCAUCAUUAUUUC